AUGCGUUGUUAAUGGUGGACCGUAUCGCCGUUUUAGGAUUUUAUCACAAAGAAGAACCCAAAGUAAGCAAGUGGGAAUUUCUAAAUGACUACUCACCUGAGGAGGUGCUGAACAUCAUGAGACCAGUACUGCAAAAAACUAAGUCUGCAGGAGAGGUGGCGGUCAGGAACCUCUCGUCAAGUAUCCGAAAGAAAGAGAGUGCAAUCGACUACAGGAAGUCAUCAAAAGGAAUUGGGAUUCUUGGAGUUUGUCUUCUUGUUUUUGUUUUCUUGAUCAUCUUCGUGUCAGAUAUCUUCAUUAUCAAUGCUCACUUGAAAGUUAUGUAUCGGACUAUCUUAAGACUGUUUAGACCAUCGCCCAGAGUGCGCGCUUACUCACAAGUUGAUUGAUCGUUUCAUGAGGAGGGAUUUCUUUCAUAAUCGUUUUUAGACAACAUUUAAUAAAUGAAGAGGAGUUGCUAUAUGAAAUUGUAGU